CACGUUCAUGAAACUCCGCGAUUUUUCGCUCCAAGUCCCGAUGAAUACUCUGAGUUCCACAGAUGAAUCUCACGGAGCUGAGACCCGCUCCGUAAUUAUCGAGGGCAGAUUUCGCUGCUGCUACCACUUCUUUGUUAUUCUGAGAACAACAACGGAAGAAAAUUCACUUUCAUCGUAAUUCAGGUGCCGGCCGAUUUGAUUCCGUCUAGUUCAGACGUCAGUAUCUCCGGAAGAGAACUAAAUUGCGAUACAAAGCAAUUUUUACGUGCGGUAAUGAGCCUCGAAUUUAUGCGGAACAUGUUUUGAUGUCUGAUAUACUGACUCCAGAGGUUUGGUAUCGAUAGAAUGACUGCUGACAGCAGGCACUAGAGAUCGCCAGGUAGAAACCGGUUUGGCUUCAAAAUGGAUCAGUGGGGGAUAUUCUAUCCUAGGAUACUACCGGAAUAGGACCAGGACCAAAAAUGUUCGAAGCUAAUCCAGACACUAAAAGACUUUACGACGAUCUACUGUCAAAUUACAAUCGUUUAAUUCGACCAGUCGCUAAUAAUACUCAGCCAUUGAUCGUUUGGCUAGGAUUAAAGUUAUCUCAGCUCAUUGAAAUGAAUUUGAAGAAUCAAGUGAUGACAACAAAUGUUUGGGUCGAGCAGAAAUGGUUCGAUUACAAACUUCAAUGGAAUCCUGACGAAUACGGUGGUGUAAAAAUGUUGUAUGUUCCUUCAGAAAAUAUCUGGCUGCCAGAUAUUGUUUUAUAUAAUAACGCUGAUGGCAAUUACGAAGUGACCCUCAUGACAAAAGCUACAGUGACAUGGGAGGGUGAGGUCUACUGGAAGCCCCCGGCAAUCUACAAGUCAUCAUGUGAGAUAAACGUUGAGUACUUUCCCUUCGACGAGCAAUCCUGCCUCAUGAAGUUCGGAUCCUGGACAUACAACGGAGCCCAAGUGGAUUUGAGGCAUAUGCUGCAGGCCAGUGGAAACAAUCUCGUGGAGAAGGGGAUCGAUCUUAGCGAUUUUUACAUGUCCGUGGAGUGGGACAUCCUGGAGGUGCCAGCAGCAAGAAAUGAGGAGUAUUAUCCUUGUUGCACUGAACCCUAUACCGACGUUACGUUUAACAUUACAAUGAGAAGAAAAACGUUGUUUUAUACGGUUAAUUUGAUUAUUCCCUGUGUGGGAAUCACUUUCCUCACUGUUCUGGUGUUCUAUCUGCCAAGUGACUCCGGUGAAAAGGUUUCACUGUGUUCAUCAAUUCUACUGUCUCUCACAGUGUUCUUCCUCCUACUAGCCGAAAUUAUCCCACCGACAUCACUGGCUAUACCACUCCUCGGAAAAUAUCUGCUCUUCACCAUGAUCCUCGUGACUCUGUCCAUCUGGAUAACAGUUGUCGUGUUGAAUGUGCAUUUUCGAUCGCCCUCAACACAUUUCAUGUCCCAUUGGGUUCGCGUAGUUUUUCUCAAUUGGAUGCCACGCAUGUUGAGAAUACGCAGGACCCCUUAUUCAACACCUGAGUACAGUGAUAUGUUCUUGGAGACUGGUUAUUCCAACGAAAUUGCCGACUAUAGCUAUGGGGAUAGUGUAAGCGAAUACACAUCAGACUUGAAGGAGAAUCCGGACGAAUUUGACAGAGUAACUCUCGCGUACAAGAAUAUGGAGGAUGACAAUGGGCAUCAUCACCACGACCGUGUCUCUUCGGACCACGAGCACGACAAUAUUCUACUGAGGCACGCUUCCCCGGAUGUUAUUUCCGCUCUUAAGGGCGUAUGCUUCAUCGCCCAGCACAUUAAAGACGCAGACAAGGAUAACGAAGUGAUAGAGGACUGGAAAUUUGCUGCAAUGGUUUUAGAUAAGUUUUUCCUCUGCCUGUUCACACUGGCCUGCACCGGUGGCACUAUUGGAAUAAUCUUCCAAGCACCAAGUCUGUACGACACUCGACCCUCACUCGAUGAACAACGAACACCAGGAAUACCGAUACCUGGUGGACGAGAUGUGCGAACAUUCGGUGUCAAUGAUCUCGACAUUAUUUUUCAUGAAACAUGAGGAUAUUUGUCAAUUUUAUAAUUGUUUUCAAUAAUAAUUUACCUCAAUAAAAUCCACGUUGCGACCCCGCCA